CACACCCAUCCCUGGCUCUCCCCCUCCCAAACCGCCCGCCAUGUUCUGGAGGAGGGGAAACCUUUAGCCUGCCUCUAGCAUUAGCAUUAGCAACACUUUAGCUAGGCGGGGGCGCAACAAGCUUUUUGAACGCCGCAAUAACUACACUGUCUUGAUUCCCCCCCCUGCACUCGAGGAAGAUAUUUAUGGGUCUACAGCCCUGGACUAUUAUUUAAAUCAAACCCAGGUCGGGAUAUACGGACUUGAACCUUGAUUUCCAAGACCCAAGCUUUAUGGACUGAGCUAUUGCAGCCCCACUUUUGAAUGUUCUGUGCUGCCCCCACUUUGUGGCCUGCUGGCACACCUAGCAAUGGCAUGGUCAAAAGUACUGCCAGCACUUGGUGUGUGGAGAUGGUUUUAACAGACGUCGUUCUGGAGGACUCGGGAACACUGCACUGGCGUGGAGAAGCCUCAUAAACUCUUUAUCCAGCACACACUUUUUUUUUUAGGCGAGGAGACGCUUAACUCCUACGUGCUGUGAGAAAGGACACAGACUUUUCACCUGUCGCAGAGUUUUUUGGCGUGAAAGCCCCUCUCCUGUGUGAGAGUUUCCGUUGUUUAUCAUCUGCGUGUCCCGACUCAACCGCCGCAAUGCCAAGCUCCACCAUCCGUCGGCAGAUGAAGAACAUGGUGAACAACUACUCCGAUGCAGAGAAGAAAGUCAGAGAGGCCACCUCCAACGAUCCCUGGGGCCCCUCCUCUUCGCUUAUGUCUGAAAUUGCCGACUUAACCUACAAUGUGGUGGCCUUCAGCGAGAUCAUGAGCAUGAUCUGGAGACGGCUCAACGACCAUGGCAAGAACUGGCGCCAUGUCUACAAAGCACUCACCCUGCUCGACUACCUGAUCAAGACCGGCUCGGAGCGAGUAGCCUUGCAGUGCAAGGAGAACAUCUUUGCCAUCCAGACGCUGAAGGACUUCCAGUACAUUGACAGAGAUGGUAAGGACCAGGGCAUCAAUGUGAGGGAGAAGAGCAAACAGCUCGUGGUCCUUCUCAAGGAUGAAGACCGCCUCAAAGGAGAGAGGUCUCAGGCUUUGAAGACGAAAGAGCGCAUGGCCCAGGUGUCCACUGGGAGUAGUCAGAUGGGCUUUGGUCGAGGCUCUUCCCAGCCCAACCUCUCCACUUCAUACAGCGAAGAGUACGGCAGGUCAGAGGGCUCGCCUGCCUCCUACCAUGGCUCCACAUCUCCCAAUGCGGGCUCAGAACUGGAGCAAGCUAGACCUCAGACCAGUGGUGAGGAGGAGCUACAGUUGCAACUCGCUCUGGCCAUGAGCAGAGAGGCAGCAGAGCAGGAGGAGCGCAUACGCAGGGGAGAUGAUUUAAGACUACAGAUGGCCUUGGAGGAGAGUAAGAAAGAAGGUCCAGGCUCGGGCAAACUGACUAGAAAGAAAAAAGAGCCACAGUCCUCUCUGAUGGAUUUGAUGGAUGUCCCCGAGCCAGGUGCUACUGCUGACCCGUGGGGCGCAGGAGCUACAGCUAAAGGGGACCCCUGGAAGCCUUAUGGUUCUACUCCUAAGGCGGCAGCCUCAGUGGACCCUUGGGGGGCUCCUACCUCUGUUCCACCCAUGAAGAGCAGUGAUCCCUGGGCAUCGAACUCCACUCCUGCAUCUGAUCCCUGGGGAUCAGCAGGCACUCGCCCCAAGGCUUCCAACACAGGUAGCUUUGACCUGUUCAGUGAAUCCAAUGGUACGUCCAAAGAGGACUUCUCAGAGUUUGACAGCCUGCGCUCCUCCUCCUCUGUCCCUGCUGGUGAUGGUGGUAUAGCAUCUUCUAUUCCUUCCCAAGCCAGUCUUGCUAGCAGCAGCAGCCUGGACAUCUUUGACCCCCUUCCCACUUCUAUUUCUACCACCACAAAUGCAACCAGGAAGACUCCAGAGUCCUUCUUAGGACCCAAUGCUGCCCUGGUCAAUUUGGAUUCUUUGGUGACCAAACCAACCCAACCCGCGCCAGCAUUCAACCCAUUCUUGGCUUCAACAGGUGGCGCCGCUCCAGCUUCGUCCGCCCAUGCCAAUCCCUUCCAAGUGAGCCAGCCCGCUCCCCCGACCCUCAACCAGAUGCGAGUCAGCCCCAUGCCUUCGGGUUUCGGCGCCGGCAUAGGAGAUUCUAUGGCCAUGUCCUCUUUACCCACCCAACCCAUCACCAUGGUCCCUUUGGCAGGCAUGGCCCCUGUGGGCCACCCGAUGCCCGGAAUGGUGGUCGGCGCUAUGGGUGGCAUGGGUACAAGCGCAGGAAUUCCUGCUUCCAUGUCCAUGCCCCAACCCCUGAUAAGCAUGCCGCCCCAGGCUGGAGCGCAGCCCACCGGAGCCACCAACCCAUUCCUUUUGUGAAGGGAUGACUGGGGGGGAACAUCUUACCCCCACACCACCUUCUUCACACCCCUUCUUGAACAAGGAGAUGUCUCGUCCCAUUUAGCCCUUUUAUAACCAACUUCCAGCAAGGUCGUAGACAAUAUGUGACAUCUUUCUAACAUCACCACACUCUUCCUCUUUUCUCUCUCAAUGCUACGAGCUGCCUAGUCCUGUGUGUUUCAUUUCCAUCUGACACUGAUGUAGACCGCUGUCCAGUUGGCAUCUGACUGUAGAGUAGCAGGGGUGUUUACAGUUUGUUUCCCCCUCCCACAGAGGCAGGUCGACUUGUCUGUCACCCGCCUCCCUUCCUGUAGGACUGCUCCUUUCUUCUGCGGAGUGACAGAAACCUGACUAUACUAACGCCAGGAUCUUAUCUCGUCACCAGAGCUAAUCUUUUAUAAGCCCUGUCAGCUGAUGUGUGUGUGUGUGUGUGUGUGUGAGAGAGUAUAUAUGUGGUUGCACAAACUAGUGCUUUUACACUGUGUAUCUUCCAGUGGGCUUUUCCGUCAUUACUGGAGUUAGAAUGAUAGAGACACUCCGAUGUGUUUAUACUCUGUGUGGAUGAGUGCGUGUUACUAAGCAGGGAUUUUGCACAUUUUUUGUUUUUUAACAAUUUAUUUUGGCGACUGUUUGGGCUCACCAUUACACCUUAGCUUAGGGAAGGGGGGGGCUAGCCGCAAAAAGAACGAGACAACUCACGCUUUUGACUUGCCGUGUACAGUACACGCUCCCAUCUCAUCUGACGUCGUUGACAUGACUUGCUCCAUGUUGACGUGUAACCUUACGCCGCUCCACCCCGUGUGUGUGUUGACAUAAAUAGAUGAACUGUGAUAGCGUCAGUAUUCAGCAGUGUUGAGGCAUUGUUGUUUUGAUUUGUUUCUAGGGUCAAAGGGAAGAGGGUGUGUGUGCAUGAGAGAUGAUCAGCUUCCACGUGCACUCAAAUUUGUGUGUAGCUUGGCUCCGCAGCGGGUGACAAGCUGCACAGUCAGCCACUCGGCAACGUGAAGAGUGGAUUUACUGUGACUUAACCAUCCCCAGUGACUGGUGCACACACACACACACAUAAACACACACUUGUGCUGGUCUUCUGAUAGCGUGGAGAAUCCUGCAGCAGAACCAAGAAACAAAAUGUUCCUGUGAAGAGGCACGGUGUUUCUACACUAUCGAGGCGUGCACUAGCUGCAUUCUCUUUUAGUCGAGCGUUUCACCCAACGGAUCAGCUCUACUCUUAGAAGCACAACUGUUACCAAAGUCAUAGCGAUUGCCAUCUCCGAGGAUCUUCACUGGUCAUCCGUUUUGUUUCUGUUAGCCGAGGCACACUCCCAUUGUUACUUUUUCUCUAUGUAGUUCCGAGCUAUUUUUUAAGUUUGUGUGAAAGUGUUACUGUUGGGGAUUACUUGCAGUUUGUAGAAAAGCCGAGCGUCUGUAGUAAGAGAUGAUCUGUCUCUUCACUUGUCUAUCACUGCCAAUGUUUUAACUGUUUAAAGUGUUUUGUGUCCUUUUUUGGUGUGUUGGCGCCCCCCUCCUAGUCUGAUUUGCUGUGCUAGGACCCUUCAUGUUUCAUUUAAUUGCAGACCUUUAUUUCUCUCAGGCGAAAGGAGGGGCAGCUUCAGCAGUAUAUGAAGCGGGUGAGGCAGAGGAAAGCUGGUGUUUUUUUUUUUUUAUGCUUGCCUGAGGAUGGAUGAAUGCAAAACGUACAAACAAAACAAAAAUAUAUGCAAACAUCAAAAAAAAAAAGAUAACGCCUGAUGUGUUUUGCAAAGUUAGAUUUGCUAAUAGUGUUGUUUAUUGUACUGCUACUAGUGAUGCUUUCUGACUCGCCUUGGUUUCACUGCCGCCGGAGUUAGGAAAUAUUAAAGUCAUGGGGGGGGGGGGGGGGAUGAUGGAUUUAAAGAAUGACACUGCAAAUGACCACUUUUUCUGACGGGCUCACAGCGAGGGCAGUGAAAAUGUGGCCUGAGUACGAGGAGCUCCUCACUAUGUAUUUACUAUGCUUUUUAUCAAGAGGACUAACUGACCCUACAGACUGUCUUGUCUUUUAUAUGCAUUAAUAGCCACCUUCUUUUUCCUUUCUCCACGUCUUGUCUAGUUACCUUUCUCAUAGUACUGGGAGCAGGCUGCUUUUCGUCGGAUACAUGCUCAAUCUGUCGGCAUUAUAACUGUAUAAUAUAAUUUAUCAUGUGUACUAUUGUAACAUACCGUUCUUCUGUUGACCUUAUUUUUCCAGCGUCAUGGGUUUUUGUAGGAAAAGUCACCGUGGAAUUUAACGGCAUCUAAACAAAGAAAGGAGCGCAGCAGGCCGCACCCUGUUGGAUGAGGACAAGUGUAGCUGCAUUGGUUCAAAAUAAAAUGUAUAUCACUUCAA